AUUGGCUCUAAUUUUACCUCGAAGCAUAGCUCAACUGAAGAAUAUUCAUUUCUUUCGGAUAACGACACCAGAUCUGUCUCCAGUCCUAGCUCCGUCUUCAGUGUCUUUUCCAACGAUAGCUUGCUGUCCACGACGGAGCUAUACCCCACAGACAUGAGCCACAAUGAAUCCCAAUCCUCUUCGUUUGACGGUAUCAGAUCACUCUCCGCGAAUGUGGCCCAGAUGGAAGCCGAGCUAGAUAGCCUCAAUCGCUAUCGCAGGCUCAGCUCAACGCCAACGAUCGUGCGUGGUAACCGCCGCAGGAGUGACAUAAGCCCAGUGGAAGUGAUAGAUCUGUCCCAUCUGGAGUUGAUACCACGGAUCCGAUCCGCCCGGAAUCGUGCUCCCGACGCUGUGAUUGACUUGUGCACGCCUGAUAGACCAAUAAGUCGUCCAUUAAACUUCCCAUCCGAUGACUCUUAUACCGGUCCCCGUCGUCGCCGCACCUUCGCUCAGUCGUCCGCAAGUUCUCAAGUGGUGGAUGUCGAGGAUGUGUCGCCACCGAAACGCAUCCAACCCGAUCCGAACGUGUCCCAGAAGGAGGACUCCUACAAGUGUCCGGUCUGCAUGGACAGUGUGAUCAAGCGCGAGCCGGUGGCAACCGAAUGUGGACAUGUCUUCUGCCGAGAAUGCAUCCAAACUGCCAUUAGUGUUACGCACAAGUGCCCGAUGUGUAACAAAAAGCUAACAAUCCGUCAAUUUUCUCGUAUUUAUUUGUAAGAUCCUUAUUUUGUGUUAUGUUGGAAUUGCUCUGCGAGCCACUUUUAAAUUUAUGUUGCUAUAUGCAAGUAUUUUUAGUUGUCUUAAGUUAUGAAUUAAAAGAAAAAGUAAAAGACGGCCUAGAAUGCCUGGUCUUGUGAUUUA